CUUGCUUGUUUGUUUCGGCGUAAAUAUAAUAACCACAUUAUGGCGCUAAGUUUGAUUAAAUCUGAAGAUUGUGGUGAAUAUUUUGGACGCAAAAAUAUCAAUGAUAUUCUUGUUGAAGAUGUGUUAAUGGAAAUUUUUCAUCAUUUUUCAUUACAUGAAAUAUUUCCAAUGCGACGUGUAUGUCGAUAUUGGUUUGAUUUGAUCAAUAAAAAUGUAUUGAAAAAUCGUAAAGAAUUGAUCAUUUGUCUAGUAUCAUAUUCAACAAACAAAUAUUUUCGUCGUAAAGAUAUACGUGAAUGUUAUUAUGUGGUAAAUUAUAAAAAAUUAUUACCAGUAAUACCGUAUCAUGAAAAUUUACAAAUACUAAAAGUAUUUAAUUUUAUGAUUGGAAAUUGGUUUCUAACGGAUUUUAUUGUUCACAUCAAACAAUUACGAUCACUAACGAUGGCUGAAUGUACAUUUUCCAAACUAUCAUUAUCAUCAUUUUUUCAACCACUACAAAAUUUAACAAAAUUAAUACUAAUCAAUAUGGGCAUUGGUGAUGAAUUUGUUCGACAAAUUACACAAUAUCUAAGACAAUUAGAAUAUCUAAAUCUAUCGAAUAAUUCAUCAAUAAGUGGAAAAUAUAUGGAUCAUUUACCAUCAACGAUGAAAGUUUUGAUACUAUUAUUUUGUACACUUGAUAUUCAUAAUCUUUAUAAAUGUAUUGAAAAUUUAUCAAAAAAUGGUUGCCAACUUGAAGUGUUAAAUUUAAAAUAUAAUUCUAUUGGUGGUGAAGAAUGUGAUUAUUCUUUUGGUGAACAUAUUCAUCAUUUACGUGAAAUUAAAAUAUCUACAAAACAUAUUGUAAAACAUUUUACAAAUGAAACAUUGGAACGUCUUGAAAAACUUGUCAUACAUGAAAUGUUCGAAAGAGGUGAUGGACCGAUUGUUUCGGAUUUAUUUUUCCAAUCAUUUUUUAGAAUUCCAUUUAUACGAUUGAAAAAUUUACAUUUAACAUCAUUACCAUCGAAAAUUGGUGAUGAAAUGUUUGCACAGUGUUUAUCAAUGUGUCAAAAUAUAGAAAGUUUAAAGCUAAUUGCACUUUCAACAUUGACAAAUCAAUCAUUAAGAUUGAUAAGUGAAUUAAAAUCAUUAAGAUUUUUAAAAUUCGAUAAUAUUCGCAUCGAUAAUGAUACUGUUAUGAAAAUUAUAAAACAAUGUACAAAUCUUCAUACAUUUGUUAUUGAUUUUAAGGAAAAAUCCGGUGAUUUUGUUGGAAAAUCAUAUGAUCUAAAUGAAAGAUUUAUAUUUGAUUGUAUUGAAUAUUUUCAACAUCAUUCAGAGCGUAAAAUGAAUAUUCGUAUAAUGAGAUCAUUGAUGCCCAUCAAUCAUAAUAAACAAUUAACCUGUAUACCGGAUAAUUUAAACAUACAGAUAUUGAAAUCAAAAUAUGUACUUGGUCCACCAAUAUAUGAU